UUGAACGAAUAAGGUUUUGCUGUAAUGGUCGGACAAGGAAUUCUAUUUUUGGAUCUUAGCUGGACAAUCUAAUAGGUACUGCAAUAUCAACCUCCUUAUCUUCGCAGAUCAUUUUUGAAAUGAAACAGAAUCAAUAACGGCGAUUUUUCUAACAUAUUUUACUAAUUAGUUUUGAUAACAUUUUUGUUAUCAAACUGCCACUGUGGUUCAGCCUUGAAAUUGUGUUUUCUGUGACAAUAGUGAUACCACUUGGUCUGAUAUGGAGUGGAAUAGAGAAAGAACUUCGUUGUUCAUACAACUGAUAAAAGAAAGACCUGUUAUUUGGGAUGUUAUGUUGGAAGAUUACAAAGAUAAAUAUAAACGAAAAGAUGCCAUGUUGGAAGUGGCAAAAAUCUUUGGAAUAACAGGAAAGGAGGUCCAUUUAAAAUGGAUAAGCCUCAAGGGGCAAUUUAGUAGAGAGAAGAAGAAAGUGACUGAGCUCAAAAGAGGUAGCGGACCAGAAGACUUUUACGUUUCCAAAUGGUUUGCUUAUCAAGAAAUGGCUAGUAUGUUGUCUUGUAACAUUUCUGAAGAGCCCAUAGCAAAUCGUGACAAACCACCAGCAAACCUACGAGUUAGGCCUACACUAUCACCGCUGUCUAGGUCGAGUCAACUACCACUGAGAGACAAGGGAUCAGACGCAAUACAAAGAAAUCGAAGUAUCGGUUUAUAUAGAGAGGCCUUACUUACUUUGAAAGCAAUUAGGGAAAGUAAAACUAAAACGCAGGAAACAGAAGAUGAAAUUACGACGUACGCGCACUACAUUGCUGCUCAAAUGCGCAAAUUUCAACCAGUUUUACAAAGCAAACUAAAAUAUGACAUACAAGGUCUGCUUUGCAAAUACGAAAUUGAAAACAUUGCUUAUUCGAAUGGAUCUGCCUCUAGUAAGGACGAUAAUUCGGAGAUGAAGUAAGGAGAAUUAUUAAUUUUGUGGCAAUCACCGCACAGGAGCAUGGCAAAGAUUUUUGACAUAUAAAUAAAAUAAAAAAUGGCGCUGAUAAAAAUAGAGUGAGCGUUAAUGGAACUACCUACUUACUUGUGGAAAGUAAUUUUACUUUCUUUUUGAAACCGAAAAUUUCGUAAUGAAUGGUUUCGAUUUACCUACUUAAAAUAUUCUUUCUUUAGUUAGCUAAGUUGAAAUAAGAAGGUACCUACUUACCUACCUAAUUUAUAAAUAUAAGUAUCCU